UGGGAUAUCCCGCUUAUUCGUGUUCCCGGAAUGUUCUGUUUUUCGAAGAUUAUUAGAGGAUGCGGUGUGUGUGUUUGCAGCAUCGCGAUACUAUGUUGCUUCGGCGCUGUUGCUGUGAAUGUGGCGAACACCAGCAGUGAUUACACCUUGGCAUCCUCGCAUCUUUCUCAGAACUCACUGUCAACAGCUGUUGAUUCACCAAUAAAUUAUGACAGUUCCAUCGCAGACACUUUCUUUAUCGGGACAUCGGUGAAUCUUGGCGGGCUCUUCGCGGUGCAUCUGCCAGACGAAGAUGCAAACGGUAAGACGACGUGUGGCAUUUUGAACGAAAAAUCGGGAUUGUGGAUCGAGGGCAUGCUUUACGCAAUUGACAAUGUCAACAAACGAGAUGACAUGUUACCAGGUGUUAUUAUUCAUGGUGUAAUCAAAGAUGAUUGUUCGGAUCCCAAUCAUGCUCUAGAGCAAGCAUUAUCCUUCCUCGAUGAUGAGGAAGACACUUGCUGUAAAGAUUGUAAAGUCCCUGUUCCUAUGAUUGGUGUGGUUGGAACUGGAUCCAGUGUGACCUCUACAGCUGUGGCUGAUCUUUUAGGUUUGUUUCAAGUUCCCCAGAUCAGUUACUCGGCAACGAGCGAGAUGCUAAGUGACAAGAAAAGAUUUCCUUUCUUUUUACGAACUGUGGCAUCCGACAUCAAUCAAGCCCAAGUUAUGGCAGAUUUAGCUGUGUACUUUGAUUGGAACUAUGUAGCCAUCAUCCACACUAAAGAUGAUUAUGGGACGCCGGCCGCUGAGACUCUGACAGCUGAACUAAAGAAUCUGAAUGUCUGUAUCGCCUCCUUACAUGAGAUAACCAGACAUAGUACUGAUAGAGAAAUCAGACACAUCAUCAGUGAUCUCAAAGAUCAGACCCAAGUAAAGGUGAUUUUCACCUUCUGUUUGAAGCAUGACAUUUCACGGAUACUAAAGGAGGCUGUAAAACAAGACAUGACAGGUCGUACAUGGGUGGCCAGCGAUGCUUGGAGUAAUUCCGAUCAGGUCAUGCGAGGAAAGGAAUCAGUAGUGAAAGGCAUGUUGGGUAUUGUCCCAAAAGCAGGAAGUGAUGAUCAGUUUAUCAGCUACCUGGCUCAGUUGAAGCCUGACAACAAUGCACGUAAUUUUUGGUACAGGGAUACAUUGCAAGCUGGUUUUAAAUGUAGCUAUAUGCCAUCUGGACCCAAUAUCAGGAAAUGCCAUGGAAAUGAAACAUUUGCUGAGAUGGUUCAGGGCAAAAUGGAAGCAGGCUGGACUGCAUUUGUUAUUGAUGCUGUGUAUGCAUUUGCAUAUGGUCUCCAUGGCUACCUUGAAUGUAACUAUGGCAAUGGAGAAGGAAAGUGCAAUAUUUCUAAACUUAGUGAACAUAACUCAUCUGCGUUUUUGGAUGACAUUAAAAAUGUUUCUUUCAAUGGAAUAAGCACUGGAGGAAAGAAGUUUUACUUCCAAAAUGACGAACCCCUGGCAAACUAUGCUAUAUAUAAUCUACAGGUUUUCGGUGAGAGAAGUAAUUUCUCAGAAGUUGGUAGUUGGUCUCCAUCAUCAGGACUUACCCUUAAAGAAGCCAAUAUUCGUUGGUCAACUGGUUCAUUUCCACCUAUGUCCAGAUGCUCUCAGGAUUGUUACCCUGGCAACUACAAAGUGAUUAAGAGUCCUUCUUGUUGCUGGACGUGUGAGCCAUGUGAAGAUAACAGUGUCAGCUCUGUGGUGAAUUCACUGUCGUGUGAUGUGUGUCACGAUUGGGAGAAAUCAAACCCCAAUCAGACUCAGUGUAUCGAUUUACCGCUAGAGUAUCCCUCCAUGUCUCAUCCCAUCAUCAUAGUACUCAACAUCAUCACAACAAUUGGUCUCCUAGCAACAGCAAUUGUAUUCUACAUCUUUGUGAAGCAUCGGAUGACUCCGAUCGUUAAAGCCACCAGUGUGGAGCUGAGUUACUGCCUACUUAUCUGUAUUGCUCUGUGCUACGCUAAUACUUUUCUUAUUUUACAAAAGCCUAGUGAUGGUACUUGCAGUGCUGUUGUGGUCAUGGUGGGAAUCAGUUUUGCGGCCUAUGUGGGCACUUUAUUAACAAAGACCAAUAGAAUAGCAAGAAUCUUCAACAGAAAGCUGUCUGCUGGUUCUCCAUCAUUUCUCGCAAUCAAGUACCAGAUGCUGAUGAUUGGUGGUAUAGUCGGACUACAGACCAUUAUACAAGUAUUAUGGGUAUGGAUUGAACCAGGACACAUGAUUUUUGUAAGACGUGAUGACUAUGUGCAACUUGAAUGUAAAUAUGGAAGCUAUGCAGGCCCCACAAUAACUGUUGGUUAUGUAACAAUUCUGGCAAUGAGUUGUUCCUAUCUAGCAUUUCGUAUCCGCAAGCUACCUGGCCAAUUCAACGACUCCAAAUCAAUCUUUUUCACCAUGCUGACGACCUGUCUGAUCUGGUGCACAUUCUUCCCAGCAUACUUUGCAUCUGGAAACAAGUGGAGGUUAAUUGUGUGCUCGCUGGCAAUGAUUUUCAAUGCCACUGUUGCACUGUCAUGUGUGUUCAUUCCAAAACUGUGGAUCAUUCUCUUCAGACCGGAGAGAAACAGACGAGAAUCAACGCUGAAUUUGAAAGAAGCAAACAAGAUCCAUAUGAAUACUCCAAGAAAUUCAAUCACUCAGAAUAUCAUCUCAUCAAGUUCUUGUCAUGCUGACGAAGACAACAGUUUCGACAGAAUCCUUGAUGACGAAGAGACUUUCCAGAAACGCCUAGAAGAACUACAAGAAGAGUUAGCCAAUGCAGAGAGUGAGAAGACGGUGACACUCUCACGUGUUGAAGAGCUGAAAAUAAUUUUGGAGGAACUUGAAAAAGCAUGUGAUACCAUACAUGUAUUGUAA